AUGACAGCUGCCAGUGGUGUGGCCGAAGGCAGCCGUACUGCUAACCGAGGGCAGGCAAAGGUUGCACAGAUGCACAAGAAGCCUUUCACAGCUUCCUGGAAUGUGACAGACCUAUGCUCCCUAACGUACCAUGCUGUAUUGAAACUGAGAAUGUUCCAUAUGAUUGGAAGCCCAUUUGCUAAAGCAAGAGACCAGAAUGUGACCAUGUCUUAUUUUAAUAGACUCAGCUAUUAUCCUUGGUACAUAUCACAGGCAGUCCCCAUUAAUGGUGGCCUAUCCUAGAACUUCAGUUUGCAAACUCAUCUGGAAAAAAAGUCUGUACGCUAUUACAUCCCAGCUGAGGACUUCAGUGGAUUAGCUGUCAUAGACUGAGAGCACUGGAGACUGCAGUGGGCUCACAACUGGAAUAUAAAAGAAGUCUACAGAAGAAAGCCCAGGAAACUCAUAAAAAAAAUGGAAGGGAAUAUUUCAGCAAAUGGUGUCGAACAUUUAGCUGCAGUUUCCUCUCAAAAAAGUGCAAAAGCUGUUAUGAAGGAAACAAUUCCAUUAGGAAUGAAAAGCAGAUCAAAAGGCCUGUCGUGAUACGAUUUAUACCCUGACUGUCAAAGUUAAAAUUUCCAUGAUCAGAACUACACUGAUUCCUGUCCAAAGAAUGAAGUUUUGAGGAACAAUGAACUUUCCUGGCUCUGGGAUAGCAGUGCAGCCCUGUAUCCUUCCAUUGGUAUUAAGAAACCUGCUGGAAACAGUCAAAAGUAUUUAUACUUUUCUCAGUUUAGGUUCAGUAAUUCCAUGAGAAUUUCCUCUGUGACAUCCCAAGACCAUUCUUUGCCCAUAUUUGUGUAUGCUUGACUUGGUUAUAGAGAUGAACUUUUAUUAUUUCUUUCUAUGGCAAGCAUUUUUUGCUGGAACAACAGUGCCCUGGGAACUGCAGGCAUUGUUAUUUGGCAAGAUAUGAAUCUAACUUUCUUAGAGAGAAACUGCAGAGAAGUGCAAAAAUUGGUUGAUUCAGAAUUAGUGCCCUACAUUAGCAAUGUCACAGGAGCAGCUGACGUGUGCAGCAGCCAUCUUUGUCAGGACAAUGGAUGAUGUGUGUGAAGAACCUCGAGAGCCUCAACAUAUCUACAGUUGAAUCUUAAGAGCUUCUGGAUAGAUGCUUCAGAGGACCAAGGAUUUAUUUUGGGAGGAGAAGCAUCAAAUGCAGAUCUGUAAAUAACGGCAGAGACAUCUGUCUGCCACUGUUGUCAGGAUUAUGAAGGAACUGACUGGGGGGGAGUUAAAGUUGCUGAUGACCACCCAGGGAGCUCUGCAGACUCUGUCUCUCCUAGAAGAUAUGCAGGGAUCUGGCUACUUCCUCUGCAUUUGGCAAAUCUUCUCUAA